UAUAUAUCAACCCACAGAUAUUUGAUAUCCAACAAGUUGUUUCUUCAACUUGAAAUGUCGACAUCUUGCUGCUGUCGGACCGUCGGGCCGCUGAAGAACAAGUGUCACAUCACGUGCUAUCGCGUUUCUGUGACGCCCUCCCAGUGCCUGAAGCGUACCUGGACCACCACGGCUUGCGUGCAUCGCGAGUCGCGACCUAGCCUCACCCAGUGCCAUGACGGACGAAGAAGUGGUAGAAACUUCAGAUCCGGAGGAGUUGGAAGAGCUUGCCUCUUUCGCGCGGCGCGCUCCUCUUCCCCCGAAGAUCACCAGCAACCGAAAGGUGCACGAAGAGUCGAACGGGGACAGCCCUCCAAGGAAGCGUACGAAGCUAUCGCACGGUAGUCCUGUCGUUGCGGGGCCCGCUUCAGUACCAGGCUCUUUACCACAGAGCUCUACCCUUCGACCCUCUCCUGAGCGACUUCCGAGCCCUCCUUCACCCAUUCUUCCUCAUAUAUCGGAAGAAAUCCAAGCGGCAGAUCGUACGUUCGGAGGUCAUUUUGAAGAAGAGGAAGACUUAGGUGCGGGGUCUGAGGGUUCACAAGAUCCUUUGGAUUUUCUGCAUGGUUAUGGGAGACCGUCGCCCGGGCCAGCGACCAGUAGCUCAGAAGCAAACCAGCGCCUAUUCUCGUCUUCUCCACUAUCCUUGAAUGUACACCGUCGUCCAUCUACGCCUCCCUCGCCUGCUGUGCCAAAGUUGACACCACAUAAUAGCCCAGAGCAUCCUGAAUUCCAUGCCACUGUUUCCCGCUCCCACCGGGCUUCAGCAUCCACUCCUCCACGGUCCACCGCGAUUAUCACAGGAACUUCCCAUGACGAUUAUGACGAUCUGUUCCUGUUUUCACCCCAGAAGCCCCGCUCACCAAACAUGCCAUCCUCUCCUCUCACUCCUACUUCUUCACCAGGGACCAACCUUUCCAAACCUCCGAGAAAUGAUUCUUCCCCUAGCCUCCCGCAUUCGCCGUCUCUCAUUCCCCCUGAAGAACGCGAAGCCCUUGAGCGCGAAGGCUUCAGUCUCGCUCAGAAUGAGUCCCGCUAUUCUUUCCGCACGCGAAGUAUUCGUCAAGUUAAACCGUAUGAAUACGACAAGGCAUUGUACCAGAAUCAGUUACGUGAUAACCCGGACGCUAUCGUCAAAAUGAGAAGCCCUCGUCGCGGCGACCAUCAUCAUAAAACCCGCGAAGACCAGUAUGAAGAAGAGACUCAGGAUCAGGAGUAUGUACAUACAGAACAUGAUCGAACAAAACCAAGGAGUCGGAGUCCAGAACACGUCUCACGGUUAGGCUUGCCUGAUCAGCUGUCUAGUUCGGAUGAAGAAGACAAGGAGAUACGGGCGACGCGCAGAGAGUGGAAGAGAGUGGAGAAGGAAAGGAAAGCACGUGAAAAACGGGAGGCAGCUGCAACCAAUAAAGGGCGCAGAGAGGAGCGUACAAUUUCACCAGCGGUUUCGCGACAUACAAGCGUUGACAUUGGGGCUGAUGCUCCAACACCAUCAUCGCCACACAGAGACGUGCGAUCGCUCUCGCCUAAUCGCGCUGAUCCACACUUGCCCUCUCCACCACCCCAUUCCCCUGUCUCUUCCAGGUCUUCCCCGGCCCUGGGUUUUCCUGAUUUGUUCAAUGACGACAACGACCCGAUGCCAUCUAACUCGUAUGACACUCCGAUUAUCAUCGACGAUGAUCCGGUUGGUCGUGUACAAUCUUCCGCCAGCGAGCCUCCUCCAGAUAGAAACACCUCUCCCAGUGGCAGCGAUUCAGAAGAUGACCUGAACGUAGAGGAUCGCAAACGAAUGAAGGUGCUUAAACGAAUGUACCCGGCUUUUAUGUUGGGUAAAUUUGGCAAGCAGAAUACUACCGCUAAAAAUCGCAAAUCCCGACGCCAAAGUUCUACUGCAUUAUCAGGCAGCGAGGCGGAGGAAGUCAAUCUGCUCCCAGGACAAAGCCGAUCUAGGAUAACUAAGCAGCCGCGGCCGAACAGACAAAUUCUCGGGGACUCGGAGAGCUCAGACGACGAACCACCCAUCCCAAAAAGUGAGAGUGAAAAGAACGAUGACGAUGGCAACGACAUUGAUGAUCUACCUCACAUUAUUGACGGUGGCUUAUUCGACUUCGAAACCGUCCAUGCUGCGCCGGACGUUAUUGAAAUAUCAGAUACAUCAGAUGAAGAAGUCUUUUACGGGGACGACAAUGGUCAUAAUGACCAACGGCCAUCCCGUCAACCCACGAGGAGGGUCAUCCUCAAAGAGAAGGAUGUUAUUGACUGCAUGCUUGAUGGUGAAAGGCGGAGACCCAAAAAGUCAAGGAAACGUCAUCUAGCUUCCUCUACGGGGAUUCAGCGUAGUGGGAGACACCGAUCAUCAUCGGUGUAUCAUUCUGCGACAGGCCAUCAGAGUAACGGGAAGAAACGUGAGCGUCAGACCAAGCUGACUUUCCACCGAUUAGCGAAGCGCCCAUCCUCACGACAUAACCCUGUCAAUGACUACCAAUCAUCUGACUCCGAUGUGGAAUUUUCGAAUUCUGGCACCUAUAAAGAGCCUCGAAUUCAGCGUAUUGACACCGAAAAGGCGGCCAAGGAGAAGAAAAAAACCAAAGGUACCAGGAUAGCAAACGGAUCCGGGAAGCGAUCCUACAAUGUAUCUCUUAACAUUGACUUGACCGACGAGGACUUCAACAAUGCAUUAGCGCCAUCUUCACAAGGUGGAACGGAUCGUAGAGUAUUUGCUCCUCGCAAGCCAAGUCGGGACAUUCCGUCUGCCAUUGAUGAUCCUGAACCGCAGAUCGAAAUCAGCGGUUCCCAGCAUGGUUCGAGUCAUCCAGAUCGUCCGACAAAGUUCCCCGUGGACGUACCACUGUUAUCCCAAGGUAUCUCCUUUGCGCGGGAUACCUAUGUUGGGAAAGGGUGGCUCUUCGAGGAAUCAGCCUCGCUCCAGAUAUGUCUAUUUCUCAUACCCGACAUGGAUGGUGAUGUAACGAUCAAAGGAUGGAAUGGUCUAGCGCGUACAGCGUCUCUUCAGCUGUCACGGCAACUCCACAUCGGCACGGAGAGUGCAACUCUACGCGCGGCUGUUCAGGACGAGAUUAGCCGGCUCUUGGCAAAGACGCGCACUCCAGAAUUCAUCGCGGCGUCAACCGAGAUUCCCGCAUUGAAUCUUUGCUGGUUAGCCGUCGAGUGGUCCGUUCGCCUCGGCUUUCGCUUGCCUCAAAGUCUGCCUCUCACUUUAGAAGACAACAACCUUCUGCUAAAGUCGAUGAUCCGCUUGGUUCAAUGUUUGGCACAGUACGGACUCCAGAAUAGCAUGGAUUCCGUUCCGGAUAGCGGGCCUUUCGAGACUGUCACAAAACGGGGCAAGGAUUCCAAUAAUGGUCUUCAUCCCUUUUGGCAAAUCGUGGAACAAGAUAUACUAUCAGAGCCGGUUGGCUCUACCCACUUACAGGUUAGCGAAUGGAUAUGGUCAACAGUGUCCAGUCUUUGUGCGUUGUCCCAGUUCUCGGUACAUGGGUCUACAACAUCUGCCCCUCAGGCUCCGGCUGCGUGGAACAUCGUCACCAAGGCGUUGAAGACAAUUUGUCUUGUCGAAAACAAAGAUCGUGAUGCCUCACUUCAGGAAAAGAGUAAGGCAAAGCGCGACCAGUACAUUGGCACUGUUGUGCGACGUUGUUUUCAGCUAUGGAGCCGAUGUCACUGGAAACUGGAUGACGUUUCUCCGACAUUGACUCAUCUAGCCGAUGUCUUCCGGAGUCGACAUUUUGCCAACUUGCGACACGAAGAGUCUAAUUUCCCCGGAUUUAUGCGUAACAACGAUCUAUCUAUGCUGUCCCAGGUUCAAAAGCAUGACAGCGCUUUUGUCCUCUUCCUGAAGCUUAUCGUCCAGUUUGCGCAUGAGAUCAGGCCCCCAGAUUCCUCAGUCUUGCCUGUGAAAGUCAAGAAGUUUCUAUCUCUUGCUGUGCCUGUUGGGACUCUGGCAUUUUCUAGGCGCUGUCCGCCAAGCACCAAUGAACUGUCAAUGUUGCAUAAUCGUCAUAUCGCGACAGCGAUCGCUAUCUAUUUGGACCCUGAAAAUCACGUUUCGCGGAUCGCACAUGCUCAGUCCUAUGUCAAAUUUGACGAGGCCGAUUUUGGUACACGCUUGGUAGCUAUGCAGGCGUUGAUGCAUUAUUCCCGCUUUAUGGUCGCGCUUAAACUACCUUUGGCUGGUGUCGCAGAGUGGCUGCGUACCAUCGUGGGCAUCGUAGUGGACGAGUAUGAUCCUGCAAUUGACCACAAGAACGAUACCGUUCUACCUGUGCAAACCGUGCUGCGAUGCGUACGUCGAGUAUUGGACGUUUACAAUGAUCCUGCGACUCGCGAUUAUCCGGAACCUGAACUACUCCUGUGCAUUGCUAAGAUCGUGAGGAACAGCAAGUUACGCCAAGAAAAUUGGAUCGGAGGGGAGAUUGUGGGCAUCCUCGCCCGCUUUUUUGAUGCGAGGGCAUCGGUCCUACCUCCUCCUGAGCGCCCUUCCGUGCCAUCGACUAUAGAAAGUCAAGAGAGCCAAGACGAAUAUGGAAUGUUUGAUUUGGAUAUGGAUGAUCCGGACUUGUUGGCAGCUUUGGGCGAGAAAGAUCCAUCUACUAUUUGUGAUUUCAAAUCUAAAGAUCAAGCUCUGUUCAAGUUCCUUCACGAAGUAUCUUGGAUACCAUAUCAAUUAUUGAAGAAGUUAUCAUCAUUUCCGGAGACCAAGGUUAUUGAACUCGAUCGUUGUAUCAUGACCUGGUUGGGGUGUGCUUCCGUUGUCGUCCGCAAUGGGAACGACAAGAACUGGGAAGCUUACUUCAAGCUAUUGGACGCUGUUGUUAAUCAUGAAGGAGACGCUCCUUGGAAGUACCAUGUCCACCUGGAAGGACACUGUUGUAUGCUCCAACUUGACCCAAUGAUAUACACGAAAUGGAAUAACAAAUUCUUCGGAGCAAUGCUUGAGUCUUUAGUUCCUAUCAAUGUCACCAUCGAGCACCAAUUCUUGUCCCAAAUUUUGAGCAUAGAUCGCUGUCAACAUCCUCUCUUCAAAGAUGUUCCUUUUCAGCCAAAAAACGAUGGCGACUAUCAUAUAUCUGAGGAAGAUUUUCUACACUUGCGUGCGGCGUUCGUGAAAGGCAUCUUUUCUGCUCUUAACUCGAGGCUUUUGGACCAGGGUUUGAAGAACGAGAAUGAACUCUUUAUUGGGCACUGCAUAAAACUAUUCUCUCGGAUGCGCAGUUCUCGCUCGUCCCUUGAACCCGGAUCGGAAAGCCUUCACCGAUAUGAGGCAUACUGCCGAGAAGUGACUUUGGAAUUUCUCCAACAGCCUUUGCUACGUUCGCAUAAGCGCCUGGACUACUGGUCAGCUUGGUCGAGGGGAAUCGGAAGUCCGGGUCGGUAGCUAGGAUCUUGAUCCCGAUGAUAAUCAUGACGAUAGAAGCAGACUGAAUUCAAAUUGAGCCAGGUCAUCCGACUUAAGUGUUCCAAUGUGCGGCCGGUAGGUAUCAACCUUUGAUCCAGGCUUUUUCAGGCGACACUUACAAACUACGUCCGACUGCCGUUUCAUUCAGCACCGAUGUGUGGGAUAUAAUACUAGCUGUCCCGCAUCGGGAUACAGUAGCGCCGUCUAAAAAUCCUUCUGGCGGAAUUAAAGGUCCACGCGUCUCCAUCGGGUCGUUUGUUCUUCCUGUCUUUUUCAGCGGCGCAACCCUAGAUAUGUUCGUCAACUUAGACGGAAGCAUGGUUCCGGCGAUAUCAAAACCGAAGACCCAUCACGUUAAGUGUACCUUGGGUUCACUUCGGAUUACAUGUACUUUUCUUGUCACCCACAU